AUGCAAUCAUCGAAGUUCACUCACAGAGACUCGAGGAAUUGGCCAUUGUCAAGCCAUGGGAUCGAUGACUUCUCCUACCACAAUACUUACGUCAACGCACUGCCAGCUGUUGACGCCGACAAUUCUGGGCGGAUCACAAGACAAAGCUUCUACGAUGAUGAGGAAUACAGCAAGCCUACCCGUGAGAAGAGCUUGAUCUUGCCUUCCAUCGCCGUAAUACUACCCCUUGUUCUCCUCUCAGGGGCGUUGCUCGGACUGGUAUUCGGAUACAAAGUCGAGCAGCAACACGACGACCUUUCGACUGAUCCACCCGAGCAAUAUGGCAAUGGCACGUCAGUGAUACUUGUGGACUUUUCAGCGACCCGACUAGUCUUCGCAGCAAGCUUCUUGUCCACCGUCGCGCCACUGCUGACAGGAUCUGUGAUGUCCUUAUGGAGUGUCAUUUCCAGCGCACACAUGAGCGAAGCUUCCAGUACCUCUCAGUUCGACAUGCUACCGACGCCAUAUCAAUUAUCGAUCCUGAUAGGCUUGUGUCUGGCCUCAAUGGAGCAACUUCGGGCAUACGUGUGGUAUGUCUGCUCGCCGAAGCGGGCUAUCAAGACGCCGCCCGUGCUCAACAAAGCCGGCAUGGUGAUGCUGGCUGCCCUAGGCAUAUCGACAGCUGUGUUCGUCUCCGACACUGUACUUCACUAUCUUACAGCCACAGUGAUCAUCGAUCAGAUCGACGUCUCAGGAGUGCCUCAGCACGAAAGUGGUCGAGGUCUGUCACAGCAAUGCUUGAGCCUGGAUAGACUCAAGGACAACGGCGGCUUCCCUUGCUCACUGCCGGCCGGUCAGAGGUUUAUUGACCCAAAUGCGACCGCAAGCUACAACGAAAUCAGUCGACUCGGAGCGAACGAUUCUUCCAUAAGUCAGAUACGCAUCGCCGCAGUUCCCGAUGUUCCAGCCAACGUUGCAAUCGUUCUGCCAAAUCCUGAGACGCUGGACACCAACGACGAUUUUCGCGCUUCGACCGUAGGCGUAGCCACUAGUUGCUCAUUGGUGCCUCCUUCUUCUUGCGACAUGCGAGUAGCAGGAGCAGGAGAUCUUUAUACGGCCUUCAAUUGUUCCGACAACUUUUUCGGCCUGCUUGGGAAGCUGCCGAAUAGCACUCUGACAGAAGAUGGGUCCAAACCAGAUGACCCCGAUCUGUCACCUCUUGCCUUCAAGUCGUCGCAGAAUCUACAAUAUGCCUUCUUCACCGACAGCAAUCUGAGCACAAUCUACAACGCAGAGGGCUGGAACGUUACCACCAAUAUUCCCAAUUUCUCUGGCGGACUUACCGAUGCACAACUGCUGAAUCCGAUUCAUGUUGGAUUCGCUGUCCAGGGAUAUCCGCCAAUGUUCGGCACAGGCUCCGAAGUACUUGCCUCUGGACUUGUCUACAACAACAGCGACAACAUAGUUGCCUUGGUCAUGUCAUGCUCGAUUACUACUUAUGAAGUCGAUUACGUCUGGCACAAAUCAAGCCUUGAAUCAGUGACAGCAAGCCAGUCGCCCAACGGCACGCUGUUGGAGGUCUUUCAUGGGCAUCAGGUCUAUUCGACAAUUGCCGGAGCAUUUGACCUGCAAAAUAAUCUUGUCAGCGCGGGCUUAGCUGGACCGAAACUCUCAGACUACCUGGGCAAGUGGCAAGAUCUAUACUCGGUCAAGGUGCUCAGUCACAUAGGUGGCCAUCUCACGCCUCGGACGAAUCUCCAGGAGCAGCAUCGAGAAUCAAGCUUGGUCGCUCAGGUUCCAGAGGGAGCUCUUGGAGCCUUGAUCGGGUUCUCCUUGCUCUACAGUGUACUGGGCGCAGUCCUCGUCAUCGCUGCAUGUCGAGCCCGGAAUUCCCAGGUCAGCUCGAUCGCGGUACAGCUGAGUCUUGCUGGCCUUACUCAGAUGGCCUUCGGCGACGGCAAGGAAAAAGAGCUUUCUGGCAGUGUGACUCCACAUGUUGUCAGGUCGAACUCCAGCGGGCCUGGAGAUUCCCUCGGCUCUGAUGCCACGCGUACGGAGUCAAGAAGGGUGCGUAUAGAUGGCAGUGACUUCACAGUAUGGGUAUGA